AUUCCGAAAUGUCCGAAACCCAUGCAUAAAUGGAGUGCCUUGCUAGAAUUCAAUCGUUUCCAAACGUGUGGUAAAGCACGCACCUAUCGGCGGAGAUGCUACGGUAAUUUACACAUGGCUCAGAGACUCGAGCUGAUGGCGAAAUUGGAGGGUCAUUGGGAAUGCGUGAACUCACUGAAUUUCAACGCCGAGGGGGAUCUCUUAGUCUCGGGAUCGGAUGAUCUCCAGUGUCAGCUUUGGGAGUGGCAGAGCCAGAAGCUACUCACUUCGUUCUCAUCGCGUCAUCGGAGCAACGUCUUCCAAUCGAAGUUCAUGCCCCACAAGAACAAUCAAACCAUCAUCACAUCUUCUCAUGACGGAUCCAUUAGAAUACACCAGCUUGACGAAGCCGGAAGCCGGGGCGUCGAUUCGCGCAAGAUUGGCUUCCAUCGAGGACCUGUACACAAAAUAGCUAUGCACCCCGCUCUACACGAGACAAUCUUGACAGCUGGGGAAGACGGUUGCGUUUUGAAUAUAGACAUCCGUCUCCCAAACCCAAUCAACGUGGUCACUGUGAGGAGCGCAGGCCAGCCUGUAGGCCUUUACAGCAUCGCAAUCAAUCCUCUCCGCCCAUCAGAAUUCGUCACAGGCGGCAAGGAUCAGUUCGUUCGCGUUUUUGAUCGACGGAACGCAAAACCGGAUGAUUUUGUCCGAGAGCUCUGCCCAGAUCAUCUAGUGAGUACGCGGAUUCGUUGCGACGACGCGUCUUUGUCCGUGUCGGAAGCGGUAUACAAUUUCGACGGAACCGAGAUUCUUGCCAGUUAUUCAGACGAAGAUAUUUAUUUGUUCGCGAAUGACAUCUCGACAAUUGAGGCUAAGGGUACAGAAAACUCCUAUCUCCACCAAUAUCAAGGACAUCGAAACAACGACACCGUGAAAGGCGUGAAUUAUUUCGGACAGCGAAGCGAGUUCAUCGUUUCGGGCUCAGAUUGCGGACAUAUUUACAUCUGGGACAAAGAAUCGUCGCACAUAGUCAAUUUUCUCUUUGGUGACGAAGACGGUGCUCUGAAUUGUGUCGAGCCCAAUCCCACCGCUCCUUUCUUGGCAACCUCAGGUUUCGAUCACAACGUGAAAAUAUGGGCUCCAUCGGCCGAAGAAGAGCCUAGCCUACAGGAGGUUCGCGAGCACACCAUACAGAAUAUGAGGCAGCGGCAUCAAAAUCUCAUCCGCGAUUAUUGUGAGUACUACAUCCGGCUGCGGAGACGUCAGAUGAAUGAUUUCUAG